UCGUCCUCUGCGGUCUCGCACAACUGCGCAACUGUUAUCUCUUGUUUUACUAGAUUUCAUUUGUUUGUACAGGCAUAGUGGUCCUGAUGCGGUUGGUAAAUAAUGACGGUGACGAUCUAAAGGAAAUUUGGUGUAUUACCAAAUAAUCAACCGUCCUUUAGCGACAACAAUUGCUGUGCGUGUUUAAGCUUGAAAAACAUAGAGUUUGGUUUCUCUUUCUUACUGUGUGUUUGAUUGAUUGAUUGUAUUUGUCCAUUAAAGGCCAUACAAUACGGUCAAGCCAUAUCGGUAGGGUCUACUGUAGGCUAUAUUGCAAAAUGUAUUCCUAAUUUAAUUGGCUCUCAAAUGAUUCCAAGAUAACACAAUCGCUAGUGCAAAUGACAGUGUCCGUCAAUCUGUGGAAGACCAUCGGAACGCAUAGAAAACAAUGCAACCGCUCGCCAAGUUCGUAAUAGACGUGAUGGCCAAAAAUGUGAGCAACGCUGGAACCGAUUUUGAUUCUAGUGUCAAGUAUUUUGAUUCGUUGAACGCCGCGAACAAUGUUGAAAUAAUUACCUCAGUGAGCGGUGGCGUCAUCGAUACAACUACUGAAGAAGGAUUGGCACAGUUGUCUGGACUUGCCGUCUUCGUUAUUAAUGGGCAAUCAUCUUCCAACGGCAUCAUGUCCACGGAAGCUUCGACAUUACAGGACGCCAGCGUGAACUGGCUGUCUCUAGGGGUGGUCGUCGUUCUGUCCAUCAUUGUCCUGUUGACCAUCUGUGGCAAUUUGCUCAUCUUGGCAGCUGUCCUCUUCAAUUCCAACCUGCGUGGUCCUACCCACAUCCUAAUAGCCAACCUGGCCGUUGCUGAUCUUCUUUUAGGAUUCCUAGUUCUACCCUUCUCCGCAACGCUAGAGGUGACGGGCAACUGGUAUUUUGGCUCCGUCUUCUGCGAUGUUUGGGCUGCUGUGGACGUCCUCUGUUGCACUGCAUCCAUCAUGUCAUUGUGCGUCAUUUCCGUAGACCGUUACAUCGGUGUUACUAGGCCACUGAAUUACUAUUCGAUCGUGACAGCAAAGCGUUCCACUGUACUCUGCCUGAUUGUCUGGAUCUCUUCCCUAUCGAUCAGCAUCGGUCCGCUCUUGGGCUGGAAAGAGAGAAAUGAUUUCUCUUUAGGAUCUGGUAAUGACUCGUCGCCGGCGAUUGCGACCACAAUACUGGACUCGUCUGAAUUGCAAGCCUGCAAUGUCAACAAGGAAAAAGCGUACGUCCUCUUCUCAGCCAUAGGCUCUUUCUAUUUGCCCACUUUGAUCAUCUUGGCCAUCUAUUGGCGCAUCUAUCGGACGGCCGUCAAACAGACCAAGUUUUUAGAGAGUGGAACCAAGACGGACAAGUCAACUUCGUCGCUCAGUGGCAGUGAAGUUUUGACGUUGCGGGUUCACGUUGGACGCGCCAUUCCUUUGAAACCCAUGGCAACGACAGCGGUAAGCCAUCACCGUACUUCGAAUCACCUCCAUGUCGCAAAAGGUCGUUCGGUAGCCCGUCCGUCUACGUUUGACUCGUCGACGAACAUCAGUGAUCGAUCUUCUAUCACUUCGUCUUCACGUGGCAAGAACAACAAAAGUGGUCGGUCGUCGCAAGCAACCCAGCUUCCCUUGGACACUUCGCCACCUCCAUUGAACAGUGAGCUGGCCAAGGAUCUGAACGAAUUGACCACGGGCGCCGUCAUGAAAAAGAAAGGUCUGGCGAAUCAUUUUCAGAGAAAAAAUUCAUCAAGACGGCCUUCCAAUGUAACCAACAACUCACUCACGUCCGCUUCUGGUACGACAUUGACCGUGAAUGCAAGCGGUGGAGCAUUAUCGAGCAACAGUGGUGGGACCACUGGAUUGUCAGCCAAGAUGUUCAAAUUUCGGCGUCAAAAGAAAGCAGCUAAAACAUUGGGAAUUGUAGUCGGAGCCUUUCUUCUCUGCUGGUUCCCGUUCUUCGUUAUCUUGCCAGUUGAGGCCCUUUGUUCAACGUGCAACAUCCCAUCGCCACUAUUUUCGUGCUGCUUUUGGCUGGGCUAUUGUAAUAGCUGCCUGAACCCGUUCAUCUAUGCCAGUACGAGCCGCGAAUUUAAACGAGCCUUCUCUAAAAUCCUGUGCGGUCGACGGGCAAGAUGGCCCAGUGGAGCCGGUGGACGGAGUUUCAACCGGAAACCGCCGCAGAUUAUGGCUCCAUUGCAUUCGCGUCACGCCAGUAGAAACCCGUCGGUUAACAACGUUUCACCACCGUCCACUCUGGAUAAAACAAAUGUCCAGGUGUCAGCGACACCUCGCCCUGGAAGCGACCCUUGCGCUUUGAAUAGUACCUGAUCAUUAGCAGUGACUAGUACCUGAUGACUAAUGGCCCUUCAUCGUCGUUCGGAUAACGAGGAACAUUUUGACAUCUGUAACAACAAACAAUACCGAAGGGCCUUCAAACAAGAGAACAUUUACAAACACGCUUUUGCUGUGACAGAAUGGCUUGUCGGCUUGCGUGUGACUUCAGUCAUGACUCAUGCUGUCCGAGUGCUAUCUGAGAUGAGUCCUUCACGAAUCCUUAUUCAAAUUCAUUAAUUCAGCGCAAUUGCUGGUCAUUAAACUCUGAUGAAAGGACACCCCUUCAUUUAUUUUGAACGCUGGCCACUGUUAUUGUUGAUACCUUAAUGGAAAAGUCGGAUGAAACAAAACCUAUGCGUCAACUAUUGAGUUAGAACUCUUUGGAGAUGGCAAAACAAGAGACUUGUGUUUUGUAACACUGCAAGAUAUGAAUCUCAUUACAAUAUCAUCUGCACUGUUUUAAUUUUAAUAGCCAGAAAACAUUCGGGGCCAACAGUGUCGUUAAGACGGAAGGGGAAAAUUGUCAAGUUAACGCGUUUUUUUCCCUUUGAUGAAUGACCCGGGGAACAUUUGCAUGAAAUUGCUAUUGGACGCAGCUGUUGUCCGCUUGAUCAUUGGAAGCCAACCUGCGAUGAAAACGAUAAAUAAUACUGACGGCUACACAAAACAUCAGAGAGAUUGUGCGCUGGCCUGCUCCCACGCAUAACGUAUGGAAUAUAAUAAUACUAUUGAGCUGCUAGCUCAUAGCUAAAUCACCCUAGACUCACAUCAGCUGCGUGCCGUAUUUCCAGAAGAGCUUAACUCUUAGCUCAUUUUAGAUUUUGAUUACACGCGCAUUCCUGAGCGACGGACAGACGUCAAAUCCCUAUUACCUUUCAGUUGAUGUUAUAUGCGUUGACUGGAGAAAGGCUAUGGGAGUGGGACAUGCACUAUAAUUGUUAUUAGAAACGCCUAUACGUUAAAAGACUUUGGACAAAAAUCCAUCCAAUAAAUACGCUUGCAAAUCUCGUUCAUACAGUACGAAUAGCGAAAACGUCAUCGAUGAGAAAAAAAUGUAUUAUCUUCAAUUGCAGUAUUGGAAUGUUGGGCGGGAGUUCACCUAUGCUGAGGAAUUGACAUGUACUACGUUCAGCUCUGCCAUGCUAUGUGAAGCCCAAAUCGAUUUCACAUUUUUGUUUUUUGUUUUGUAUUUUUAUUUUUGCGUUUACCUUUGUUUCUGUCCGUGUUUUCUAAGAGAGGGGGUGGCUUCGUUUUGUUUACAUCUUGUCCGUUGGUUCUGACGUUGGUGGUUCACCGAUCCCGCGGGUAUAUAGCGACUCCUCACCAUCAUUUGUGAAUUUAUCGAAGAUUCUUGUUUCUUCACUGAUCGUUGGACAUCUUGCGUCUACACGAAGGACUUAUUCCCAGCGUAACAGUUUCCCCGCCGUCGCUCGGCUGAUUUUUCCCGAGCCAUGCAUCUCCGCGCAUUAUGCAGCGAUUCUAAUCGGAAUAAACGAAAUUGGAAAAAAAAAGAUGUCAUCUGGAACGAACACCAUCUUCUUCUAUACUCCGCCUUGGCAUCCAUUGUACACAACAUAAGCUUGUUUUCUUGUCUGAUUUUUUUUUUUCCGAUCCCACCAUGGAAUGGAUGGUAUAUGUGUCUAGUAGGUCACGUGCGCCUGCCUUGUGUCCUUGCCAUCCCCAUCUCCGUUUGAACGAAAGCUUAUAAAAAAUAAAGGCACUUUCGACGUUUGACUUUUUCCAAAGUAAAAAAAAACACAAUUAUUCAUGGCUCAAUGCAUCUUUUAACUUAUGCGCAUAUUGCUCACGUCUCCUAUUUAGAUUUUCUACAUUUACUGAGAUUUGCGCUUUUCUUUGUUCAGCCCAUCUGACGACAAUAGCUGACGCAUGAGCAAUGGAAUGUCCGCAAAUUACUAAUUAUUGAAUCAAGUCUGUAUCAUACUUUUCUUCUCCGGCUAUGGAAUGCGAUGAAAUUCAUAGUUCAUAUGGGAACGUAUGCCUACGUUACAGGACUAAUUAACAAUUCCAAAAGGGACCAUCAGCCCACCGCCAUUUAUUUACGUUUUUUUUUUUUUUAAUCUUUCUUGAGUUAUAGAAAUGACGAUGCAUCAACCCAGCAAAGCAAAACGCCUCAUUUUGAUUAACCAAAGUUACUCUAGAACUUGUGCCACUUCACUAGCAGUCGGAAUUCUUAAUUAAUCAUUACUUUGUUUCCUCUUAUAUCCAAACUUUUUUUCAACAGCGUCGUGCCAUUGCGUGAAUGAAAGAUGAUCAACGUGUUGUUCGGCGCUAGUCUGCUAUGACGACAGCUGCAGAAACAUCAGCGUCUGCUUACAAUAGCUCAUCAAUAUCGACCUAGGCUGUAUAGUAAGGGGACUUGUAUACACAGCUAGACAGGGCGAGAGGACAAUCUAUUUGCUCUGAUAAAGUAGCGAUCGAUUUUCAUCAUCCAUCAUGGCGAUUUGUAGAUGCUGGAACUUUAUGUACGCAAGAGCAAUGACGUUGCCCGGCGAACAGGCCUUCUAUUUACAGAAGCCUAUUUUUGGUCACCAAACACUUGAGGCGAGAAUCGGACUACAAGAACCCUUCAGGAAAAUAUGAAAAAAUAAUAACCAAAUGUUUUCUUUGUUGCAUUUUCUUUCAUUAUGUAACUCUUACCCUGCCCAGCUUUUUUUCUCUCCUCGUUUUCUCGGUGCCGUGUCAAAACUUCUUUCUACUUGCCCUUUUUCUUUUACUUCAAAAUCGAACCUCGUAAAAGUGCUGUGUCCUUCCUUGUACAGUAUAUAAAACAUGCAUAAUUGAAUCGGUGGGUUGGUAAAUAGCUGUGACUGUUUGAAAUUGUGCAUGACGAGCACAUUAUUCUGAAGAAAUACAGCGUAUUAUCGUA